UAAAAGGAGCGGGAUCCGGGCAUCGGUCGACCCCUGCUCUUUUCUCCUCAUCGUCCUGUUUUUCAGCUUUCUUUUACAAUCUUCUCAUCAGACAAAAAUGGUUCUUGCUCCUCGCACUCUUGCCCCCAACUUCACUGCCCCGGCUCUGUGGCCGUUUGACUUCACGUUCGUGUGCCCGACCGAGAUCUGCGCGUUCUCUGACGCGGUCGCUGAGUUCGAGGCAGCUGGCGCGCAGGUUCUGGGCUUCUCGUGCGACUCGGCCUUCACGCACUUCAACUGGGUGCAGCAGCCGCGCAAGGAGGGUGGUCUGGGCGAGAUCAAGUUCCCGAUGAUCGCCGAUACCACGCAGAAGAUCUCGCGCGACUACGGCGUGCUGGUCGAGGAGGAGGGCGCCCCGUUCCGUGCCACCUACAUCAUCGAUCCCGAGCAGAAGAUCCGCAUCGUGCAGGUCAACGAUCUGCCCGUCGGCCGCAGCGUCAACGAGACUCUGCGCCUGCUGCAGGCCCUGCAGUUCACCGACAAGCACGGCGAGGUGUGCCCGCUCGGCUGGGAGAAGGGCGAUGCCACCAUCAAGCCCGAGAUUGCUGCGUCCAAGGACUUCUUUGCCAAGGCCAACUAGAGCGUGCCUUUGAUUCUAUCACCACAAAAUAAAAAAGCCUUGUCACCAUCCACUGCCAGCCUCCCCUGUCUCCCCCACUCCUGUCUCCGGUAACACAGAUUUGGGCUGAUGAUGCAAUGGUGCGUAUACAAGGGCGGACAGAACUACAAUAUAUACGUCUAGCGGACUCUAUACUCUAGCAGAUAUGCGUGCGGCUGCUC